AUGGCGGCGCCCACUCGAUAUUUCCACGUGUCUAAGUUCACAGCUACCUUGUUAAUUCCCAAACCCACAUUUACACACAGUGAAAUAACAGCUAUCCAGCCUGGAAAUGAUCGAAAAGUGUCCAACAACCAUUACCGAGUUCCUAAACCAACCAAGAUCUCUUUUAAAGGUCACUCAAAAGGCCUAAACCGAAGCAAGAUCUCUGCGCCAACCCAGCCCGGCAGCAGCAGAGCUCUCAGCCACUGCCCUGAGCCAAAGCUCCUCAGCAGCAGGAACAGCUCCAAACUGCCAGCAGCCGCCCCACAGCCCCACAGGAUCCCAGCCCCGGCCCACAGACGCCCCUCAGCCCCAAGGGAUCCCAAUCCGGAAUCACAACCCCCCCUGCGAGCCCCACCGGGGCCGGCCCCAGCCCCACAGACCACCCCUGCAGAACCCCACAGAUGCCCUCCCCACAGCCGCCCCUGCCCAGCCCCCACAGCUUCUCCGCCCAGCCCCACAGAGGCUUCCCCCAGCCCCACACCCCCCAACCCCACAAACCCUCCGGCACCCCAACGGAGCCCCCUGCACCCCACGCACCCUCCCGACCCCCAGCUCCACAGCCGCCCCCAGCAGCCCCUCCCUAGCCCCCAGCCCAGCACAAACCCCUCAGCCCCGGGGAUCGCAAGCCCAGCCCCAGGCUGCCCCCCGCAGCUUCCCUUACCGCCCCGAGCAGACAAAGGCGGCGCAGAGCAGGAGGCCGAGGCGCAGCUCAGCGCGCAGGCAGCUGCCAAGCGCCGGCCCCGGCAGGCUCCCGGCGGCCUGGGCGGGCAGAGAGCGCUGCAGCAGAAGCCCCGCAGCGGAGCCUGCCCUUGCGCGCGGCGCGUCCCAGCGCAGCGGCGGCGGAGCUGGGGCCGGAGAGGAAGUGCCGCCCGCAGCGGAGCGGCGGCAGCCAAGGGGAGCCGCAGGAGCUCGGCAGCUCCGCCCCGGCGCCCAGGAGCUGCCCCUGGCGCCCGCGGGCGCCAUUGGUGCUGCUGCCGCCAGCCUGCGCUGGGCUCUGCCUCGGCCUCGGCCUCUGCUCUGCGCCGCCUUUGGGCCGGCUGCCAGGCAUAUUUGAAGAGUUUGAAGAACCCAAAAACUCCUGAAAAUCUCUCCAACAAUCUUGAAGCCCAGAGCUUACGGUGCCGUUGGUGGUUGGAAGAACUAAAAGGUGCUGUGUCACUCUCUCUCCAUCAGCCCUGCCUCUCUAGGCUGGGGAAGUGCAGAGUUUGCAGAUGUGCCCCUUGGAACAGCCCAACAGGGAGAAAAGCUAGAUUGGGAUGCCAGCAGGAAUCCAGCUUAUUGCUGAUCUGUGGGGCAUCUAACCUCCUCCAGGGUAGGACAGUGACCUCUUCUCCCACCAGCAUGUCCUCACAGAAAGACCUGGACAAGAGCUGGGACAAGAAGCAGCAGCAGCCAGAGAACAAGAUGGAGCAGCCAAAGUGCAGCUCCAAGGAAGAGAACAACAUGAAGGGUGACGAUGAUGAGGAGAAUGAUGACUAUGACAGUGCUGACUGUGAGAACGAGGAGAAAAAUGAUGAAGAUGACCAAAAUGAUGAAGAGGAGAGGCAAUGCCACAUCCGCACCAGAGAGAAGCUGUUCCCCUGUUCUGAGUGUGACAAAAGCUUCAGUUGCAGAUCGUCCCUCGCUGUCCACAAGCACACACACACUGGUGAGAGGCCCUUCACCUGUGCUGACUGUGGCCAGAGCUUCAGCUACAAGUCUGCCCUCAUCAUCCACCAGCGCACACAUACUGGUGAGAAGCCCUUCACCUGUGCUGACUGCAGCAAGAGCUUCACCCAGCAUUCAACCUUCACCCAACAUCGCCUCACACACACUGGUGAGAAGGUUUCCUGCCCUGACUGUGGCAAGACCUUCAGCCGCAUCUCUACCCUCAAAAACCACCGCCGGAUCCACACCAGAGAGAAUCUGUUCCCCUGUGAAGAGUGUGGCAAGAGUUUCACCUUGAGCUACAGACUGCUCCGACAUCGCCUCAUCCACAGCAGUGAGAAGCCUUACAGCUGCACUGACUGUGGCAGGAGUUUCACCUACAGUUCCACCUUCACACUCCACCGCCGCAGGCAUGCCGGGAAUAAGCCCUUCACCUGCACUGACUGUGGCGAGAGCUUCAGGCAGAAAUGCGCUCUUAAUCUCCACCAAUGCACACACACUGUCGAUAAGCCACACACCUGUGGUGACUGCAGCAAGAGUUUCGCUCGCAAGUCCUCUCUCAUCAAGCACCGUCGCAUCCACACUGGUGAGAAGCCUUUCACCUGCAGUGACUGCAGCAAGAGUUUCGCUCGGAAGUCCUCUCUCAUCACGCACCGUAGUGCCCACAGUGGUGAGAAGCCCUACAGCUGUGCUGACUGUGGCAAGAAGUUGAAGAGCUGCUCCAGUCUUGCCCGGCACUGCCUCAGCCAUGCCGCUGACCAGACCACACUAGGGAACAGUCACAAAUAGACCCACCCUGGGUCUGUUGGGGUUAUUGGGACCACCCCACGAGGGUCUUUCCAGCAGAUGGAACCAAAAUCCCCUCAUUUUGACCUGCAUUUCUCAGAGACUGGGGGCUCCAGUAGGAAACAACCCCUGUCCUGCUUCAGGCCUGCUGGAAGAAAUUGGAUCUACUGCUGAGCUCGUACAAAGCUCAUCAGAAGCCCUGGGCCUCAUGGAAUUGUGCAGGGCAAGUUUUGAAAGUGCCUGUGGUGGUCUGGCCUUGUCUGGGGGCCAAAUGCACCCCAAAGCUGCUCUGUCACUGCCCUUCUUAGGUGGAGAGGGGAGAGGGGCAAGUAUCACAGGCAGCCUGGAACAAGAUAGAUGCAGUUUUACAAAUGCAAAGCAGCGGCCAAGGCUAUGAAGGGAACUAGAAGCAUACGAAGAUGUUAUUCUCUGCUGCCCACCAUGCCAGAUGAUGUUUUGGUCACUGCCAGGAAGCAGACUCCCGUACACACAGCAGCUGCUGCAAAGGGCAGAGGCCAUCAACAACUGUCCCCACACUGCCUUCUGUCACUUAGCUUUUGUAUCUGAGCUGGCAUCACCUGGCACAUGUCUGCUUGAGUUGAAGCUGCUGCUGUUCUUCACAGCCUGCUGCAGCCAUGGCAGUUGCAGAAAUGAAAGUGCUGACUACUGUGUCAUGAAAGUGUGAUGUGGCUCAAAGUUCAUAUUUCAGCAUAGGAGGCUUCCUGUUGCAGUUGCUGGUUCUUGUUCAUUGGGUGUGGGCUCUCUUCUGCAGACCUGGUGGUGAAAAGAGUGGCAGUCAGGGAGCUGCUGGGUUUGGGGCUCUGUUUUAUGCUCUUGGAUUUUUUUUUUUUUUUUUGUGUUUUCCACUGCACUGCUUCUGUAAGUAGGCUGAGCUAAGGUACUGCUGCAUUGUGUUAGAUUAAUUAGAUUAUUAGCUAAGGUAAUUAGGCAUUGUGCUUAUGAUAUCUCAUGUUCCAUUAAACUCUUAUCUCUUUAUCUCA